UCCCUGAAUAAACAGGGAUCAGGGAGCAAAAUUGCAAGUUAGAGCGAUUCUUGAUGUUUUUACGGGAAUGGGUUUAAGGUUAUGAUCCGUGUCUAAUAACCAACAUUACAAUAGAUUGGCCUCCUGUACAGUUGGUGGCAGCAAUACACCAGGGCUACCAUAAAACCUGCAAUUGAAACUGACCGAGGAAGAAGAGGCGUAUGUUACCGAACCGGUAUCUGAUUGAACGGAAGGUCGGGAAUUCGUUGUACGGGCAUUUAGGACUAGGGGGGACAUUAGGACAGCAAUGAGCACGUAUCAAGAAAUGACUCCCAAACGCUAGGAAGAGGAUCACGACGGUUUGGAAAAAGUUGUGCGACUUUAGCUAGAUCCUGGGCUGUAGAGCAAUGCGGCCUUUUAUGGUCUGUUUUAAAUGCUGUUCUGGUUUAUUGAUCUAAUGGUGUCUUUAACGUCCAUCAUAUUUUGUGUGUAAACUACAUUAGAAAAAGCAGUAUUGCCGCUGACAUCUGAGUGCUGUCAGUACCAGGAAGAAGGGAACUUAGCGGGACAUAAAGAGUUGGAUUUGUGCUGGGUCGCGGUUUGUUACCGUGUUAGUGCUUUCGUUCUCUGUGGGCACGGUUAGCUGCCCACUGUACUCUGGUCUUUUGGGUGGUACAGAACCCCUCGAUAACUAAACGAUAAACUGAAAGAUGGCCGUUUCGACGGGCGUCCGGCGAUUGCCCAUGGGCGUGCGAACGUUCAGUGAGCUCCUGGAGAUUGCCACCGUGGGUUCGAGCAGGUCCUGUAACACUGCAGGGUCCAGAGCCCGACUGAGACAGCCAAUCAGACACCUUUCAUCAUGUGGCAUUCUAAUGACCAGAACUCCCAGAAUGCUUUGCUACCUAGACUACGAGCUGACACCCAUUCCGCACAGCAGAACCUUCAUUAGCCUGACGAACAAGAGGAAGGAGUACUCGGAGCGUAGAAUCAUGGGGUACUCCAUGCAGGAGAUGUACGAUGUAGUGUCCAACGUUGAUGACUACAAACUCUUUGUGCCGUGGUGCAAGAAGUCUCAGACCAUCAUGAAGAGGACCAGUCACUCCAAAGCCCAGCUGGAAGUGGGCUUUCCCCCAGUUGUGGAACGGUACACAUCCAUGAUCACCAAUGUGCGCCCUCACCUUGUCAAGGCUGUGUGUACAGACGGCAAACUCUUCAACCACCUGGAGACGAUAUGGCGCUUCAGUCCGGGCCUCCCUGGCUAUCCCCGCACCUGCACUGUCGACUUCUCUAUCUCCUUUGAGUUUCGCUCCCUGCUGCACUCCCAGCUGGCCACAGUGUUCUUCGAUGAGGUGGUCAAGCAGAUGGUGGCCGCCUUCGAGCGUCGCGCCGGCAAAUUGUACGGCCCAGAGACCCGCAUCCCCCGGGAACUCAUGUUCCACGAGGUGCACCAGACGUGAGCGCGCGUGUGUCUGUGUGUGUAUGGUGCGCGUGCGUGUGUGUAUGUGUGCAUGUGCCCACCCCUUUUUCCUAUCAUCCUCUCACGGUACGGUCCAGUUCAUCUGUUACUCCUGGGACACUCAAAGCCAAAGAGUCUCUCCUUUCGGUUUACUUUCUACACCCCGCUCCCAACUACUGCAUGUUGCUUCCUGAACCCAUGGACCAAUCAGCUGGGCCCUCGCCCUUCCUGGAGUGAUGUCGGGGCCCUUUUUCAGUGCAACUUUCUUUUGAACAACAGCUGCCAUCUACCUCAUCACUGGGUUCCUGGCCCAUGCAUUGCCACUUGCAGUCUUGCCAGUAGAAUCGGGAUCUUGCCAUCAACGAUUAUAAAAUCUACUCUCAUGAGAGUGGAAAUUCAUCACAUGGAACAAUUGAAUUGUAUGUUAAUUCACAACAGCGGUGCAAUAAGUCUGUUAAACAAUAUGAGGAAAUCCAAAUGCAGGCGAGAAGUCUCCUGAGGUCAUAGACGCUUGUACCUAAAAUGCAUUUGAGUGUUUGAACUGAAACCCGUGAUCAGUGAAGGUUAUGGCACUGAGAGCCGCUCUGAAAGACUUGGUUCGUGUGGACUGCUGUUACAGUUUUUCUCCAGCGCUGGUGGUGUCCAAUCAUGUGUUGCAGUAGUUGUUUCUGCCGCAGUAGACAUUGUGACCUCAUGAAUCCUAUUAUUGAGGAGAGAGUAUUAUUUGGCAGGCUUUCUUGUCAACAUUUUUCUCCCUGAUGGGCACAGUUAUCAUUAAGAAUGCUUAUUUUUAAUUCUCAGUCAUUGCUUUUAGUUCUGGAAUUUCCCCUGGAAUGACAAAAUAGGGACCCAAUAAAUGUCUUCAACAAAAACUGCUAUUUUUAUUUUCAUAUUCAAAUGCAAUUCAUCUCUGUUUGUUCAAGACUGCAUUGACAAAGGCUUUUAUGCGUGUGCUGGCCAUGUGUGUCAUUAGGAAGAACAGACCAUUUCAUGAACCCACACAUGGCCAGGAGUGAUAGCCCAUAGUGUGUAUUUCCUGACUGAAUGUU